AGUUGCGCUUUUUCCGGACCUGCAACACUACAACCAACACCCGCCCAGGUCACACUGCACAAAUAGUGAGGGCUGCUUGAGCUCACUCACACCAUUGUCACGGCUCAUUGAAGCUCGGCUGUUCUGCCACCGCCAACAUGCUACGCACCACCGUUCUCCGCUCUCUCCCUACAACCAUCCCUUCCGGCCGAACAGCAGCGGCCUGCCUUACACCUUUGGCGCGGCCAGCUGCUCAACAGUCACGCAGCGCACACGCGAUUAGCAACCCGACAUUGGCCAAUAUUGAGAAGCGAUGGGAGGCUAUGCCGCCCCAGGAGCAGGCCGACCUGUGGAUGGCGCUGAGGGACCGGAUGAAGGCGGACUGGAAUGAGCUGACGCUGCAGGAGAAGAAGGCUGGUAUGUCGUUAUAUUCUUUCCUGAACGCUCCUUAUCGGCCAAGCAUAAGGCUUAAGAAUCAAGCGUACCGGCAUGAUGCGGGAGGACUCGGGACAGUCACGCGACAGCCGCAAUGCAUUGCUAUCGGAACACAAGUUUGGUCGAGCAUUUCCCAGCCGCUGACAUGGUAUGAAUUGCAGCUUACUGGAUCGCUUUCGGUCCUCACGGUCCUCGCACGCUGCCACCGCCGGGUGAGAACCUCAAGGUCUUCACUUACACAAUGAUUGGCGUCGGAGCAGCCGCCAUCCUGUUCGCAAUCACCCGUACCUUCGCCAAACCCGCACCUCGCACCAUGACCAAGGAAUGGCAGGAAGCUAGCAAUGAGUAUCUUAAGGUACGUUUCAUCACUCAGAAGCCGGGCCAAAUCAGACCUGAGAUUAGCGUCUCCGCAUCCAUGCGUUGUGAUGGCAUUUGUUGGAAGACACUGACCCGUGUAUCGCGUGUAGGAACAAAAGGUCGAGCCCAUC